AUGUUGCCAUCUGGAUUUGCGAGAAAGCGCACAGCACAAUCGAUUACCAACCGUCAGACAACUGCUGAUAAUUUACAACAAGCAACCGGUUCUCCCGUAGGUUCCAUCAUCGUUAAGGCCAUCAGCAGUGCAGUAGGGGCACUCGGCAAAGGUCGACGUCGUCGCCGCGAUAUUCAAUGCGAUAAAACGGAUCGUCCUGGAGUCGCUAUCGUUUUUGACGUCGCACUGGAGUAUCCAGGACAUUUACCCUGUCAAAAUUUAUCCUGUCAAGUCGAACUGUUUACCGGAAUCCAUCAACAAUUCAAUAGUGCAACCAAUGUUAGUAUCACGGCGGACGAUGGCAGCACUAUACCUGUACAACUAUGUCACAUCCAAUCUAAUCCCAAUGGCAACAGUAACAAUGAAAGUAGUUCCGAUGGUAUAGUUGUCGAACCGUGCUCAGUUGUUUGUCAAAAUGGUGGUGGAUGCACAGGUCCCACAACUUGUGCAUGUACUACGGAAUGGAGUGGUGACACAUGUACAAAUGCUACAUGCACAAAUAAUUGCCAAAAUGGUGGUACAUGCUCAGCUCCUGAUAAUUGUACAUGCACGACCGGUUGGAGUGGUGCAACGUGUACACUUGGUCAGUAA